AUGUCUUAUGCCGACGCUGCCGCCAAGGGUCCGAAACAGUCGCCCGAGCAAGUAAGUGAGCCCACAUUUAUCCCAACUUCCAUCGCUAAUCAUCCUAUACCACCAGGCGUAAGUACUCCAGAGCUUGAUUUUCAGCUCGAUGACCCCUCGCUCACAACCAGUAGUCGCGCUCCUGAUGUGGGCGGCGUUUACAAGGAUGAAUCAGAGAGCACGGCGUCCUUGAUCGACGUCGACUCGCCGCACGUGGCGGCCGUGGACCCCAACUUCCUCAACCAAGAAGUCAAGACUACUACCCAGGCGCAACGGCUUGAGCGUGAAGCCGCCGAGACCGAAAAACAGCACGCGCGCGAGAAUAAGAAGGCCAAGGCCCGCAAGACCAAGGGCGGCCUGUGUGCUAACUCGGACAACCCCGUGUUCAUUGGGAAUGCCCUGGUGGCCACUCUCGUGGGUGCCGGCCUAGGCUUUGGUGCCUACCGUCAGCAUGUGCAGGGCAAGCUGUCCUGGGAGCUUGUCGGGUUGUCGGCCGGUGCGGUGGGUGCCUUCGGCGUGGUGGACUACUUCGUCAGCAAGUGGUUCCUGCAGAACAAGUUCCCCCCGAAAUAG